GGGCGGGCGGUGCUGACUGGCAGCCCGGGCGGUGGGCACUGCGCGAUGGCGGGGGCGGAGGGACUCAUGGCCGAAGUAAGCUGGAAGGUCUUGGAGCGACGAGCCCGGGCCAAGCGCUCAGCUUUAAAAUUGGUGUAGUUUAGCCUGCCACGCUUAUGAUAAGAGUCAAGUUGAAAUGGCCCACUCACCUGAUGCAGCCUUCUCUUCACCUGCUUUGUUAAGGUCUGGCUCAGUUUAUGAACCUCUUAAAAGCAUUAAUCUUCCAAGACCUGGUAAUGAAACACUAUGGGAUAAAUUGGAUCAUUAUUACAGAAUUGUCAAGUCAACAAUGCUGAUGUAUCAAAGUCCAACUACAGGUCUCUUUCCUACUAAAACAUGUGGUGGAGAUCAGAAGUCCAAAGUCCAUGAGAGCCUGUACUGUGCUGCGGGCACCUGGGCUUUGGCUCUAGCAUACAGGCGCAUUGACGACGACAAGGGAAGGACCCAUGAGCUGGAGCACUCUGCCAUAAAGUGUAUGAGAGGAAUUCUCUACUGCUAUAUGCGGCAGGCUGAUAAGGUCCAGCAAUUUAAGCAAGAUCCACGACCCACAACAUGUCUUCAUUCCAUCUUCAGUGUGCACACAGGAGACGAGUUGCUCACCUAUGAAGAAUAUGGCCAUCUUCAGAUAAAUGCAGUAUCUCUCUUUCUCCUUUACCUGGUGGAAAUGAUUUCUUCAGGUCUCCAGAUAAUCUAUAACACGGAUGAGGUCUCUUUUAUUCAAAACCUUGUAUUUUGUGUAGAAAGAGUUUACCGUGUUCCUGACUUUGGUGUCUGGGAAAGAGGAAGCAAAUACAAUAAUGGCAGUACGGAACUACACUCGAGCUCGGUUGGUUUAGCAAAAGCAGCCUUAGAAGCAAUUAAUGGAUUUAACCUUUUUGGAAACCAGGGCUGUUCUUGGUCAGUUAUAUUUGUGGAUCUCGACGCUCACAAUCGCAACAGGCAGACAUUGUGCUCAUUGUUACCCAGAGAAUCACGCUCUCAUAAUACAGACGCUGCCCUGCUCCCAUGCAUCAGUUACCCUGCGUUUGCCUUGGAUGAUGAAGUUCUGUUCAGCCAGACACUUGAUAAAGUGAUCAGAAAAUUAAAAGGAAAAUAUGGAUUUAAGCGUUUCUUAAGAGAUGGAUAUAGAACAUCAUUGGAAGAUCCCAACAGACGCUAUUACAAACCGGCUGAAAUUAAGCUGUUUGAUGGCAUUGAAUGUGAAUUUCCAAUAUUUUUCCUUUACAUGAUGAUAGAUGGUGUUUUUAGAGGCAAUGUCCAACAAGUCAAGGAAUAUCAGGACCUUUUGACUCCUUUGCUUCAUCAGACCACAGAAGGAUAUCCUGUUGUACCAAAGUACUAUUAUGUGCCGGCUGACUUUGUAGAAUAUGAAAAGAGAAACCCUGGUAGUCAGAAACGGUUUCCUAGUAACUGUGGCCGUGAUGGGAAAUUGUUUCUUUGGGGACAAGCUCUUUAUAUCAUCGCGAAACUCCUAGCUGAUGAAUUAAUCAGUCCUAAAGAUAUUGACCCUGUCCAGCGCUUUGUCCCACUCCAGAAUCAACGUAAUGUGAGCAUGAGGUACUCCAACCAGGGUCCACUGGAAAACGACUUGGUGGUUCAUGUAGCACUUGUAGCAGAAAGCCAACGCCUUCAAGUUUUUCUCAAUACGUAUGGCAUUCAAACUCAAACUCCUCAGCAGGUGGAACCUAUUCAGAUCUGGCCUCAGCAGGAGCUUGUAAAAGCUUAUUUCCAUCUGGGUAUCAAUGAAAAGCUAGGACUGUCCGGAAGGCCGGAUAGGCCCAUUGGCUGCCUUGGUACAUCAAAGAUUUAUCGAAUUCUAGGAAAGACUGUGGUUUGUUAUCCCAUCAUCUUUGACCUGAGUGAUUUCUAUAUGUCUCAGGACGUUCUGCUGCUGAUAGAUGACAUAAAGAAUGCACUACAGUUCAUUAAGCAAUACUGGAAAAUGCAUGGACGCCCACUUUUCCUUGUCCUCAUCCGGGAAGACAACAUAAGAGGUAGCAGGUUCAACCCCAUAUUAGACAUGCUGGCAGCCUUUAAGAAGGGAGUAAUUGGAGGAGUCAAAGUUCAUGUUGAUCGUCUACAGACACUGAUAUCUGGAGCUGUGGUAGAGCAGCUUGACUUCCUACGAAUUAGUGACACAGAAAAACUUCCAGAAUUUAAGAGCUUUGAAGAACUAGAAUUUCCCAAGCAUUCAAAAGUCAAACGACAGAGCAGUACCGUAGAUGCUCCUGAGCUGAAACCGGAACCAGACAUCACCAUUUCCGAGUGGAGAAACAAACCCACCCAUGAAAUCCUCCAGAAGCUGAAUGACUGUAGUUGUCUGGCUGGUCAAACCAUCCUACUGGGUAUACUGCUCAAAAGAGAGGGCCCUAACUUCAUCACAAUGGAAGGUACUGUGUCUGAUCACAUUGAAAGAGUGUAUAGAAGAGCUGGCACCAAAAAGCUUUGGUCGGUUGUACGCCGUGCAGCAAGUCUUUUAAGUAAAGUAGUGGACAGCCUGGCCCCAUCCAUUACUAAUGUUUUAGUACAGGGCAAGCAGGUAACUUUGGGUGCCUUUGGACAUGAAGAGGAGGUCAUCUCUAAUCCACUGUCUCCCAGAGUGAUUAAGAACAUCAUCUAUUAUAAAUGUAAUACCCACGAUGAAAGGGAGGCAGUCAUUCAGCAAGAACUGGUCAUCCAUAUCGGCUGGAUCAUCUCCAAUAGCCCUGAGUUGUUCAGUGGCAUGCUGAAAAUACGAAUUGGGUGGAUCAUCCAUGCCAUGGAGUAUGAGCUGCAGAUCCGUGGUGGCCACAAGCCGGCUGUGGACUUGUAUCAGCUCUCACCCAGUGAAGUUAAACAGCUACUGCUGGACAUCCUCCAGCCUCAGCAGAGUGGACGAUGUUGGCUGGACAGGCGUCAGAUCGAUGGGUCAUUGAAUAGAACUCCCCCUGGGUUCUAUGACCGAGUGUGGCAGAUCCUGGAGCGCACGCCCAAUGGUAUAGUUGUAGCUGGGAAGCAUUUGCCACAGCAACCAACCUUGUCCGAUAUGACUAUGUAUGAGAUGAAUUUUUCUCUCCUUGUUGAAGACAUGUUGGGAAAUAUUGACCAGCCAAAGUACAGACAGAUCAUUGUAGAGUUAUUAAUGGUCGUGUCCAUUGUGCUGGAAAGAAACCCUGAACUAGAAUUCCAAGACAAAGUGGAUCUAGACAGACUGGUCAAAGAAGCAUUUCAUGAGUUCCAAAAAGAUGAGAGUCGGCUAAAAGAAACAGAAAAACAAGAUGAUAUGACCUCCUUCUACAACACGCCCCCACUGGGAACACGGGGCACCUGCAGCUAUCUCACGAAGGUUGUGAUGAACUUGCUGCUGGAAGGAGAAGUCAAGCCAAGCAAUGGGGACUCGUGUCUGGUUAGCUAGCGAGGGGGUGUGGAAGCGUAGGUGACAGCCUUCCAGCUGUGCCUUUUGUGGUGAAGCUAAUCCAGGCAGCCAAUAAUGGGUGAACCGAUGUGUUUGUGAGGUAGAUAUUGUGUUCCGUUUGCCAUUAUUCGACCUUUGCAUGUCAGCGGCAGCUGAAUGGUAAGCAGUGAUUGGAAUCAAGUGAAACCCCAGUUUCCAUGAUUUGUGCCAGCUGCUGUAAUCUUCACCGAACCACAGAAAUAAUUUGUGAAUUGAAAAUUCACUACUGCAUGUUUUGUGAUCAAAUAUUUCAUCAAAAUUCUGCUUCUUUAGACUGAAUUUUUCACCUUCCGGCUAUUAAAACAAACUUGCCAACUGGUGAUGAGUGGGACUUACGGGCAUUGUGAGGGUGGUGAGGGUUGUGCCUCUGUCAUACUAAAAGAGCAAGAUGCACAAUGCAGAUCAAAAAAAAGCAAAGUUAGCCCCUGAUGCUUAACUUCAGAAGCUGCAUUACUAAUAAUGCUGUACAAAACUCUUAGUUUUUACCUUCUAAACAUGGCUAUGAUAUUUUAAGUAGUUAAAUUUAAGACUAUUAAUCUUGUAAAAGCAAAGUUGAAGUCAAAAAAUUCUGUUUCUGAACUAACAAAUGUAUCUGGAAACAUUCUUUGUUCAAGUUCACAAUAUUGAACUUAAUAAUCGUAAAUGUUUUCAUUUAAUUGGUUUGGACAUCGAAUUUGCUUCCAAAUUUACCUAAGCAAGUAGAUUAAAUAUUUAAAUCUUAGCAAUGUAUUUCCUUCCUUGAUGUUACAAUGUGGCCCAUUUGCUUGGGCUCUGAUCCCAUCCAGCAAGCAUCAUUUUUCUGACCAAUCUUACUGAGUUUCACCUAAGAAGUCAGAUUUGUUACAUAAAAUAUGUAGCCCAAGUUAGAAUCUGAAAGAUUAAGAACAAGUGGUUUUUCCAGGUUAUAAGUCAAUUGAUACCAAGUCAACUGAUGUGUGAACACCUGAAGAAAGGCAGCCCAACACAGCUCCAGCCAGAUCAAGGUAUGGCUGGUUCCUAGACCAUGUGUGGGACAUUGUGUGUCAGUCAGCAAAGCUGGUAAUAAUGAUACAACCCAGCCUUGCAAACUAGACAAAGAAGAGAAAUCUAUUACCUGAUUCCGUGUGUGAAGAGAAGUCAUUUACAAAACUUAAGGCAGAAAAACAUAGUCCUGAAGCCCAUGGAGACAGUCAGUUCUGAUGGCUGGUGGGUAGGGAGGAGAAAUUAAAGAAUGACAGAGGAAUAACCCUUGAAAUAUUUAAUACUUGUUAAAAAUUCAGAAGAAAGUAAACAUGUGUAUCCUUAAGAAUUAAAUUUUUUGAUUAGCUGAGCAAAGUUGCAAGAAAACUGCUGUCUUAGUUGAAAUAGACAUCACUUGCAAAUCUGUUUUCUGAAUGAGCAGUCAGCUUCCUGUUACAUAUGCAAAGUUUUGACAUUUUCUUCUGCUCUUGAAAGUGUUCAAAAUCGGCAACUAUGUAUCAACUUUUUAAAUUAUGAAAUGCAAAAUUUAUUGUUCUGCAAGAUAUUUUUGGAUGAUCAAUAAAUCUUGAUGUUCCUCUA